GGGGCGGAGCCCACACCAGCCUGCGCCACAAGGGAGGGAGCGGCGGGGGCGAGCCGCAGCCGCUGACGUUUGGUGCUAGAGAGUGGCCACGUCAUCCUGGCCAAAGUCCGGCUUUGCUCGGGAGUGCGCGAAAAAUCGCGGAGACCCCCGUGCGGGUGGGAGGAAGCCAUGGACCCCGCUGGCGCCUCGUCCGCCCUGGCGCUCAGGGCCAUGGGCCCCGUGGCUGCUACUCCGUAUGGCGCUUUCUGCAAGGGGCUCUCCCGCACCCUGCUCGCCUUCUUCGAGCUGGCUUGGCAGCUGCGCAUGAACUUCCCGUACUUCUACAUCGCGGGCUCCGUGAUCCUCAACAUCCGCUUGCAGGUGAUACAUUGAAACUGUGUGUCAAAGCCAAACUACAGGAAAGCCUACCCCCAAUGCCAAAGAUGGCAGCAGAAUUUCGAGCCAAUAGUGGGAGUAUGUGAAGAUGUCCCUGCACAAGAGACAUUGG